CCAGGUAUUCCAAUUCUUGUUGCAUUGCGGGCGAGGGAAUGGCGCGAUGGAAGUGACCCUCCGGAUCCCAAUGUGGAUGGGAAAAGAUGGUUGGAGUAAUUUCCGCGUGGACAGAUGCUGAACCUUGUGUGGAUGUCGAAGGUUCUGUGCUCGAGUGAAUGAGGGGCAGGACAGAUGAUCAGUACUUUCACUGUGAUGGAGUGCGACAAUUCAUUGGUUCUUUGCAGAAUCUGUCGUGGAAAUUCAUAUGGUUGGAACUACUUGGACUACAACGACGUGCCUUGCUUUCAUCUCCAACAUGCUAUGUUUAAAGAAAACAGGAUGCCUGUCGCGAAGGAGAAUAAAAACAUAAGCCUUGUGGAUGCAUUCGAUAUGACUCCAACGAUAUUCUCCAAGCCUGAAUGGGAUCCGGAUGGACACUUCCGUAGGGCCAUCCAUUCGCCUGCCAGUCAGAGGGAUGUCGAAUUUCUGAUCGAUGUCGGAGCAUUCGAUCAGGAGGGUGUCGAAAUUCCUCGGGAUAUGCUGGAAUUCAGUUUUCAAGAAGGAUCAGCGGUGAUUAGCACAGCUUCCAUGCGUGGGGUUGUUCGGUGGGAAUCGAUAGACACGGUAGUGGACGAGCUGGGACGUGAAGUCCAUACGUCGGAACAGAAUGAAUUGUGAACGCGAUGGAGUACAGUAGUGGGUUCUGCCGCGUCAGGCGGUGUCCACCAGUUAUACUUUUGAGAUGAUUCUCCUGAUACUAGAUAACCUUCUGGAACUGCAAUACGUACUGGAUGUCCAUCCCGAUGGGCAGUUUUUCCGCCGCCCUGGUUCCCUCCGAAUCCCAGAAGCUUCAGGGGAAGCUCUUGCAUCCCGUCUGUUGGGUUUGGACUAGCCAUGGCUUUACAAGUCGACAGCCUCAAUUCAAAAGGUUGUUGGGUCCUGGGGAACAACGCCUCUGGGAUCGUAAUUCUACUCUGGUAGAGGCU